GUCGCGGAAGAGGCCGGUCAUGUGAUGCUCCGGGGGCGUGGCGUGACACUGUCGGUAACACUGGGGUGUCUGCUUCACGGGGUCUCCUGUCAUUAGCUGUAGGUUGUGCAUGGCGGCGCUGUGAUUACCGAGCCCACAGCCGGUACAAGCCAUGGAAGGCGACGACUUCUACCUGGAGCUCAGUGACAGGCCGGUCCUGUUUGAGAAAGCCACCAGUGUCAACAGCGUGUUCUUCGAUGAGGCCAAUAAGCAGGUAUUUGCUGUACGGUCCGGUGGAGCCACUGGAGUUGUGGUGAAGGGGCCGGAGGACAGGAAUCCCAUCUCCUUCAGGAUGGAAGACAAGGGCGAGGUGAAGUGCAUCAAAUUUUCUCUGGGCAACAAAAUUCUAGCUGUACAAAGGACCAAUAAGACUGUGGAUUUUAUCAAUGUAAUUCAGGAUUAUUCUCAGCUGGAAUAUUCCCAGGAGUGUAAGGCAAAAAAUGCAAAGAUUCUGGGAUUCUGCUGGACCAGUGCCACAGAAAUUGUAUUCGUUACUGACCAAGGAAUCGAGUUCUAUCAGGUACUGGCAGAGAAGCGGUCUGUAAAGCUCCUGAAGAGUCAGAAUAUCAAUGUGAACUGGUACAUGUAUUGUCCAGAGAGUUGUGUGGUCCUGCUGUCUACUGCCAGCCUCUGCAAUGUGCUGCAGCCAUUUCAUUUCAGGAGUGGAACAAUGGCAAAAAUGGGGAAGUUUGAGGUAGAGCUGCCAGCGUCUACAGUCAAGAUGGCAAAGAUUUCUGAGAGAGACAUAGCAAUGGCAACUAUAUAUGGACAACUUUAUGUUCUGUUCCUAAGACAUCAUGCAAAAGCCACUAGCAGCCCAGGAGCGGAGGUCGUCCUCUACCACUUACCUCGAGAAGGUCCAUGUAAAAAGAUGCACAUCUUGAAACUUAACAGAACAGGAAAGUUUGCCCUGAAUGUCGUUGAUAACCUGGUCGUUGUCCAUCACCAAGAUACAGAGACAUCUGUUAUCUUUGACAUCCGCUUACGGGGGGAGUUUGAUGGCACAGUGACCUUGCAUCAGCCAGUGCUUCCUGCUCUCUCCAUACAUCCUUACCAAAUACCUAUAGCAGGUCCAUCAGCUGUGGCCGGACAGAUCCCUAUACAGUGCAAACUUUAUUCCUCUUCCUGGAUUGUUUUUCAGCCAGACAUCAUCAUAAGUGCUAGUGAAGGAUACCUCUGGUACUUGCGCAUGAAACUUCAGCCGAUUGUUCACUUGCUCACAGACAAAGGUCGAUUGAUGGAUUUCCUGCUUCAGCGCAAAGACUGUAAAUCUGUGAUUCUAUCGGUUUGCUCACAGAUUUUAUCAGAGAAGGAUAGAGCGCCCCUGCCUGUCAUUGCCACCGUCUUCGAUAAGCUCAACAGCGAAUACAAGAAAUAUCUGGAGGCUGAGCACAGCUACACAUUGGCUGUGGAGAGCAGUCAGGGGAGAAGUAACGCACUUGUGAAGAGACCCGUGCGAGGACAAGCGGUCAUAGAUCAGUCCGAUAUGUACACCCACGUAUUGUCUGUCUUUACAGACUUGAAAGAGGCGCCACAUAAGUUCAUCAUAGCUGUUCUCAUGGAGUACAUCCGUUCUCUGAACCAAUUCCAGAUUCCUGUACAGCACUAUUUAUAUGAGCUGGUAAUCAAAACCCUGGUGCAGCACAACCUCUUCUACAUGCUCCAUCAGUUCCUGCAGUACCACGUGCUCAGCGACUCCAAGCCUCUGGCGUGUCUCCUGUUGUCUUUAGAAAGUGUCUAUCCUCCAGCACAUCAGCUUUCCCUUGAUAUGUUAAAGAGACUUUCAACAGCCAAUGAUGAAAUUGUUGAGGUCUUGUUAUCAAAGCAACAAGUUCUGGCAGCUCUGAGAUUUGUACGCAGCAUUGGAGGACAUGACAGUGCCUCUGCCCGUAAAUUCUUAGAUGCAGCUAAGCAGACCAGCGACAAUAUGCUUUUUUAUACAGUCUUCCGCUUCUUUGAACAAAGAAACCAACGUCUACGUGGGAACCCUAAUUUUACACCAGGAGAACACUGUGAAGAACACGUGGCUUUCUUCAAAAAUUUCUUUGGUGAACAGUCCCUGCUGAAGAGCACUGCUUCCUAGCCGACAUAUAUAAAAGCUGUAGAAAGUUUAUUUAUUAUUCUAAUAAAAGUCCAUG